AUGACCCCCAGCACGCUGACCGAGGGUACCGUCCUUGCGACGGGUGCGCUCGCCGCCUCCGAGAUCCGGCAGCAAGUCCGGGAGGUGCUGGAGGACAAGGCGUCGAUUACCUGCGUCGCCCCUCGGGAUUUUGUUCCGUUGCUGGCGCCGAAGAAGGCGCUACGAGUGUCUUCCGCCUCCGCGGGGCGGACCGCGACCCCGUCGGCGGCGAGCGGAGGUGUCGCCGGGGAGACCACGGACCCCGCUGUGGAGGUGGCUCCUGCGGCGGCAACUGGAGGGGUGGUGCCGCAGCCGGGCAAGGGGCAGGGUCCGACCCCUGUUCCGCCCUCUGCCUCUUUGGCCGACACUGCGGUGCAGAGCAUUGCCCCUGGGGGCCCUCCGACCGAGGUGGUGAUUGACCUCGACGACGAGGUGGAGGAGGAGCGUGCGACUCCGAUGGCGGUGGUGGAGACGGGGGCGGUUGCCCCAGCGAUCGUGAUGGGGACGGCGGUGGCAACGGAGGAGAGGGAGUUCGCCCCCGCGGCCACGACGGGGACAGCAGCAGCGGGGGAGGCAAGGACACCCAUCCCGCCGGUUGCGACGAAGGCCGCGGUGGUGGCGAAGGUGGGGACGUUCGCCCGGGGAGCCGCGGCAAAGGCAGCGGCAGCGGUCGAGGUGGAGGUGCCUACUCCGGGGGCCACAACGGGGGCGGGGACGCCUGCCUUGGUGGCCGUGACGAAGGACGCGGCGGCGACGGGCACGCCCGCUCCAGUAGCCGUGACGGCGGCAGCGGCGGCGGCGGACGGAUCGGAACACGCGUUGGCGUCGACGACGUCCGUGGCGACUUCAACAAGGAUGGCGGUGCGAGUGCCGGGACCGUCGGUGAGGCCGGCGGCAUCCGGGGUGACGGCGUCUGCCCCGACGGCGGCGUCGGGGAUGGCGGCACUGGUGGCGUCCGGAACAGCCUCUACCCUUGCCUCGGUCGGUCCUACUCCCAAGGCAUGGAGUGGGACUACCCUGCGCUGGAUGUCCCGCGAUGACCCACAUAGGCCCCUCUUCACACUAGAUGACGUCGAGGAGUGGGGCAAGGGGCAGGCAGUGCAAGGCGGACUUGUGAACGUCCACACUGCCCUGUCCUCGGCGAUGGGGGAGCUGGACGGCGUCGUCAUUCCCGAUGGCCAGCGGACCGGGGAGCUGACCGCGCAAGUUGCCGCCGCCCAGCAAGUCAUCAAUGACCUGCUAGGGCGCGAGCAGGCGGCGCGGGAGGACGCGCGGCGGGCGGAGGCCAAGUUCCAGGCCGUCAUCGAGAAGGCUCACCUCGACCGCGAGGAGUUCCAGGACGCUACUGACAAGGCCCGCCAUGAUGCUGGGGAGCUUGCACGGCUGAAGGGAGAGCAUGAAGCCCUUCAGAAGACCGUCGAGCGCAUCCGGCGCGAGCGGCAGAAGGCCUGGUAG